AAACAAAUAGUAAUCAAAAUAUAAUAUUUUGGUAUUUGAAUAGUGACUGUGUUUGAAUUGAACAAAAAUGGAGUAAACUAAAUAGAUAAAUAGUUCAGCUGUUAGAUUUUACUUUGUAUGUAAGUAAAGUGAUUAAACUUGCUGAUGUAGCAGUUCUGUUGGUCUGUAACACAUGGGACAUGUUGACGUUUUGGACUAAAUGGACCGUGAGCACGGUCAGCAGAGAUUCAUCAUGUGUGAUGGAUUUAAUCCCUGGUCUGUAUGAACACAUAUAAAACAGCGCGACAGUUGGGAGCAGCAGCAGCUCUGUGUGUGACCCCUCUGACCCCCCAUGUCUGAAAGGAAAGGAUGACGCCAUGUCAGAGAUUCUCACUGUAGAUGCUAUUUUGUUUGGCUUCUUGGUUUUUUCCGGGAUUUUGGGAAACAUCUUGGUCAUCCAUGUGGUGUUUCAAACUGCUUUUGAGAGUCCGUCCCGGAGACUCUCUCCCUCCGACACCAUCUUAGUCCACUUGUCUCUGGCCAACCUGCUCACCUCUCUUUUCCGCACCGUGCCCAUAUUCGUGUCCAACCUCGGCCUGGACGUGUCCCUGUCUCCGGGCUGGUGCAGGAUCUUCAUGCUGCUGUGGGUGUGGUGGCGAGCCGUGGGCUGCUGGGUGACGCUGACGCUCAGCAUCUUCCACUGCACCACCCUGAGGCGACAACAUGUGACCUUUGGACCUCUAACGCUGCAGAGGGAGCGGCGGCGGGUGUGGGUGGUGAUGGGACUGGUGUGGGGCGCUAACCUGGCCUUCUCAAUUCCGGCGCUGUUGUUCACCACUCACGUUGAAAGCAACGCCACCGUGCAGCUGAUGGUGAUCAGCUGCACCACACGGCCUCUGCUGGGCUGCGCCUGGAAGUUCCCCAGCGACCAUCAAGGCUUGGCCUUCGCGUCCACUUCUCUUGCGCUCAACGAGGUUCUGCCGCUGGUUGUGAUGGUUUUCACCAACUUGGUGACCCUUCACUCCCUGACCAAGCACAUCCGAGCCAUUACCUCGGAGUCAGGAAGCCACGGGGAGCUGGACAAACACGUGUCCGCUGAGCGUAAGGCCGCUCAUGUAAUCGUGUGUCUGGUGUCGCUGUUUGUGAUCUGCUGGGUCCUGCAGGUCGCCGCGGUGACCUACUACAACCAUGACGGUGGGCGUCACUCCGAGGGGCUGCUAACCGUGGCCCACUUCUCUGCUUCGCUGUUUGUGGGAUUCAGUCCCCUUGUGGUGGCUCUGGGACACAGGAAGCUGAGGAGGAAAAUCAGGAGCGUGAUUCUGAUGUGGACCAACGUCCCUCACAGCCAGGAGACUGAAAGUGGGAAAAAAUCCCCCGAAACGAGCGGAAAAACCCCCAGUUUUGUUCCUCAGAAAGAGGUUAACGUUAAAAAGGUCAAAGACAAAGUUAUACCACACAGAUAGUGAAGGUAAAAUAUUUCUUCCUUCACUGAAUAAAUCAAGAAUCACA